AUGUUGUCCACUGUACGAAGACUUUCCAGGCAGGAUACGCUAGGAUGGAUAGGACUAGGAGCUAUGGGACAUCCUAUGGCUCUCAAUUUGUUCUCAAAGACGUAUCUUGCUCAUAGCAAGCAGCCGUCAGGUACGGAUAUACCAUCAUUCGUCAUUUGUGAACAGGAUGAAGGUCGUGCGCAAACGUUCGUGGCUGCUCUGAAGGACAGAGGAGGGACAGAGCUUGCUGCCAGAGUCGAGAGAGUAGAAAAUGGACGUUCAGUAUUACAAAAAGCAUCUAAGAUCUUCACCAUGCUCCCUAACACUCCACAAGUGGAAUCAGUAUACCUUGACGAGUCCACCGGUAUUUUGGCGGGUCUUCGAUCCCUCCCUACCAAUACCCCUACCCUCACCCCCCUCUCGCCAAUUCAUGACGACUCCGCUUCCCACACCCUAUUGAUAGAUCAUACAACCCUGGAUCCAAGCGUAGCAAAACGUAUCGCCUCAACAACCCACCAGACAACAAGCGGCAAGGUGGUCAUGCUUGACGCCCCCGUAUCUGGAGGGACUGUGGCUGCUUCAGCGGGGUUAUUGACUAUCAUGUUAGGUUCACCGAGUGCAUACGCUACUACUCUAGCCAUGCCUUUAUUACAGCAAAUGGCGAGAGAAGGAGGUAUCAUAUUGUGUGGAGAGAAUGGGACUGGUAUCGGAGUGAAAGUGGCCAACAAUAUGAUCUUGGCUAUAAACCAGAUCGCUUUAGCCGAGGGUUUAGCCCUAGGAAGAUCAUUAGGGAUAGACCCAUUGUUGUUGCAUAGUGUCAUUGAUACUUCCUCUGGUCAUUCAUGGUCAUCGAGAGUGAAUUCGCCCUUGCCUGAAGUUCCCAACUCACCCGGUUCCAGAAACUAUCAAGGAGGGUUUCAGAGUAAACUCAUGCUCAAGGACGUCGGACUCGCCCUCCACGCUGCUCACGAAUACGAUCUUCCUACUCCCCUGACAUGGGCCGCUAAGAGUGUAUAUGAAGCGGUCUGCGCUGAAGGUGAAGGUGAGAUGGCGACCAAGGAUUUCAGCGUGGUGUAUGAGUGGGUCAGACAGAAACAGGCCGAUGGUGUCGAGAAGGGAUGGAAGGAAGAGUGA